AUGCGUGGCGUGUUCCUGAAAAAGUCAGUGUGGCAUUCUGUCAACCGGGAGAGCUCCCCGACGUCCGUGGACCCUCGAGCGCAGGACGGCUACGUCAAGACCAACAACAUCGCGUUUAGAAUAAUGUUGCUGCACAUUAAUGCGGACUACCACCAUGUGGUUGACAACUGCGAGGAAGCGUGGGUCGCGUGGCAGAGUCUGAAGGUGCUGUACGGUGGAUCCCAGAAAGCGUGA